UGAAGGCCUAAAUAAAUACUCUUGAAGGUUUAAUUGCCCAUUUCCUGAUCGCUUUUGUUCACUAAAGCAUCCAGUUUCAUAUUGAGCGUAACAUUAUUCUUAUUUUGAAGUGUGCAUUUUAUUAGUGAGCGCAAAAAAGGUACUUCAGCUUGCUGAACAUUGGCAGAUUUUAUCAUCUCUGGAAUCAAGUUUGAGAAGUUUUGAGGAGAAAAUAUGCCUGGCGCUACAGUGAUGAGUAUUUUGAGAAGCCCCAUGAGCCCAACUGAGAAGGAUAAUUUGAAGAGGCUGGUGAAAGGCAUGCAACUUAAUUUGAAGGACGUAGGAGUGCCCAAUAAUAAUGAUUGGAUGGGCCAAGUGCAGUUCUAUGUUGAGGCUAGGCUGCCUGGCAGCCACAAGGCUAUGUACCAUUCCAACCUGUCCAAGCACUUGGGGAUGUUGCAUUCUGAUGCAGGUGGUUUGGGCAUCGUCCCAGGGCAUCAGGUGCAAGCCAAUGUCAUAUGUCUACUCUUGGUUUCUGUAGUGUUGCAGAUGCAGGUGGUUUGGGCAUCGUCCCAGGGCAUCAGAGAAACUCCAGAUGGGAAGCAUCAGUUUAAAACAUUUGGUCCUGGAUUGAAUUCUGAGUCAGCCAAUGGCUUCUUUCAGUUCAGGGAGUACAGGGCUGGCCAAAAGUUUUGUGUGGCACUGGACUGUGAGAUGCUGUACACUACAAAUGGGGAGGAAAUUGGGGCUAUAAGCUUGGUGGAUGACUAUGGAGAUAUCCUCAUCAGCGAGUAUAUCAAACCUGUGGGAGUGGUGACAGAUUACAGGACUGCAUUUUCUGGUCUGACAGCAAGCUUACUCAGCAGGGCGCUUUACUCAGCUGAAGAUAUUCUAAGAAAGAUGCAGACCUACAUUGGUCCUGACACUAUCCUUGUGGGACAUGGCAUUGACAAAGACAUGCAGUGUUUGAGGGUUCUUCAUCGUAAUGUGUUUGACACUGGGGUGGUGACGCCUAUUCAACCCUACACGGGUAUUAAUAGGCGGAAGUCCCUGGAAGUGCGGGUUCGAGAGGAGUUUAGUGACUCGACUUUUAGGGCUAGUGGUGGGCCGCAUAACUGUACAGACGACGCCCAGUACUCCAUGGCACUGGCGAGGGUCGAUGCUGGAGCGACGAAGCGUGGCUUCUUUUAGAAACCGCACCGUUUAUUUUCGCUCUAGUUUGACCAGGUGUCGCUCUUUAUCUUGCGUUAGCGAUUUUUCUCUGGCCAAUGCACGAAAUGUAUUCGGGAGGGAUCGAAUGAGUCUCCCAGCAUGAUGA